AUGCAAGGGGAGAGGUACACGGACUUGUCAAUUACUCUGUCUACCUUCUGCAUGAAAUACGCUGGGUUGUGGACAGCCAAGAAUUACGCGGAAGAACGUCGAAGAAAACUGGGGAUAACGUACUCGAUUUACAUACUCUGCUUCGCGAUGUUCUUUGAGAUCAGAGACUUGUACUUCUCCUGGGGCGAUCUUAGUGCAGCUCUCUAUGUGGCUUGCAACCUUUCAAUAGUUGCUCUCACUUCGUUCAAAGUGUUCAUCCUAGUGUUAUACAGAUCAGAGUUGGCUGAUUUAAUUUUGUAUAUGCAAGAACACUUUUGGCAUUGUGAGUACGACGAGCGGGAGAAAGCUAUUCUGGCAAGCUGCAGGAAAACUUGCAUAUUUUUCACCAUUUCCGUUACUUUUAUCGGUGAAUGCGCUGUUUUCUCUUAUCUUGUGACUCCGAUCGUUGUAAAUCUGGGAGGGAAUGGAACGGUCAGACUGCAUCCAUUUAACAUGUGGUUAGAUGCAGUGUUAAUAACACCUUACUUCGAGAUUGCGUUUUUUGGUCAGAUAUUAAUUUUAUUUCACAUUGGGUCGUGCUAUUUUUGCUUCGACAACAUGUUCUCUAUCUUCUGCCUGCACCUAGCUACGCAGUUUCGCAUACUCCAAUACAGAUUCGAGACAAUGUGCGAAAUAAGCGAAGAGACUGUUCACGCAUACUUGAAAUUCUCUCCUACAAAUUAUGCUGUCGAUGUUUACCAGAAAUUUAAGGUUUACGUACAACAGCAUCAAGCACUUAUUGAUUACAGCACGUUGCUUGAGAGAGUGUUCACGUUAAUUACAUUUGGACAAGUAAUGUUCUUCAGCGUGCUGAUUUGUCUGUUUGGAUACCAAAUAGUAAUGGCGGAUUCUACCCCUGAACGGCGUACGAUUUUCAUAUGUCUAACUGUGGGCAGCACAUCUUUACUGUUCAUGUUCACUUAUAGCUGCCAUGGUUUAAUGGAGCAAAGUGACUUGCUCGCCGAUGCAAUGUAUUCGACAAUGUGGACGCGGAUUCCGAUGAAUAAAUACGGAAAGAUGCUUCGGAAUGAUCUGAUGAUGGUGAUAUUAAGAGCUAGACGUACUUGUUGCAUUACUGCGAACGGAUUCUUUCCUGUCUCCCUAGAAACCUUCACCACGAUUCUGAGCACUGCGGCUUCCUAUUUCACGUUACUGAGAAAUAGCGUAGAACAGCAAUAG